CCCGCGCCGCGCCCGCCCCCGGAGCCCGGCGGAGCCCCGGCGGUGCCUGCUCGGCAGCGGCGGCAGCAGCAGCCAUGAAGUCGCUGUGUCUGGUCACCGUGGGGGUCCUGGCCAUGACGCUGCUCAUCGCCAGCAUCUCCCUGCUGGUCGCGCACGUCUUCCAGACGGUGGUGGAUCUGCAGGUGAAGCAGGGAACAGUCUUGAAGAAUGGCACAGAAACCUUUGAGGCCUGGGAGGACCCUCCUCCCCCAGUCUACAUGCAGUUCUACUUCUUCAAUGUGACAAAUCCUUUGGAAGUGCUCCAAGGCGCCACUCCUCUCGUGGAGGAAAUAGGACCAUACACCUACAGGGAAUACAGGCCAAGAGUGCACGUCCAGUUUUUGGACAAUGGAACCAAAGUGUCUGCUCUAAACCCAAAGACUUAUGUAUUUGAACCUGAGAAGUCAGUGGGAGACCCUGAAGUGGAUCUGAUCAGGACAGUAAAUAUCCCUGCAGUGACUGCCAUGGAGUGGACCAGGUCAACCCCUCUGCAGUUUGCCACGGAGGUGCUGCUGCUGCUGUACCAGGAGUCGCUGUUCACCGUGCGCAGCGUCCACCAGCUGCUCUGGGGCUACAAGGACAGGCUGCUGUCCACCAUCCACGUCCUGCACCCCGAGAUCGACCCCGUCUUCGGGCUCUUCAGCAAGAUGAACGGAACUGAUGAUGGAGAAUAUGUUUUCCUGAGUGGAGAGACGAACUACCUGAACUUCUCCAGGAUUGUGGAGUGGAAAGGAAAAGAGUCCUUGAGCUGGUGGACAACAGAGGCAUGUAACAUGAUCAAUGGCACGGAUGGGACAUCCUUUCACCCGCUGAUCAGCAAAGAUGAGAACAUUUACAUUUUUUCUUCUGAUUUUUGCAGGUCCCUGUUCCUGGUGUAUGACAGCUCGGGAGACGUGGCCGGGGUGCCCACGUUCCGCUUCGUGCCCUCCUCCAUGGUGUUUGCCAACACCUCGGUGAACCCGGCCAACGCCGGCUUCUGCGUGCCCGCCGGCAACUGCCCCGGCACCGGCGUGCUCAACGUCAGCGUCUGCAAGCAGGGUGCUCCAAUAUUUCUGUCAGCUCCACAUUUUUACCAGGCAGAUCCGAAGUUUGUAGAGGACAUAGAGGGCAUGCAUCCCAGAAAAGAAUACCAUGAGACAUUUCUGGACAUCAAUCCCCUGACAGGGCUCGUCUUGCGGGCAGCCAAGCGGAUGCAGGUCAACGUUCAUGUCCGAAAAUUACCUGAAUUUUUUGAAACCGGCAACAUCCGAACGCUGAUUUUUCCAGUGAUGUAUAUAAAUGAGAGUGUUCUGAUAGAUGAAGCAUCUGCCAGCAGACUCAGGCACGUCCUGCUGGAAGCCAGUGUUGUGACUGGGAUCCCCUUUGUAAUCAUGGCUCUGGGGAUUGUGUUUGGGAUUGUUUUCAUUGUGCUGGUGUGCAGGUCCCAGAGGAUAACUGAAGAGAGCACAGAAGAAGAGAGGUCCCCACUCAUCAGGACAUCUUAGUAGAUUUUAUUCCCCCUGUGAGCUUGGAGAAUAAAUGAUUAGAGCUGACUUAACACCAAGUGUCCCCUCUGGAGCCACGCUCGUGUCCAGCGUCACCUUUGGUGGGACAGAGGUGGAAGGUAAUCUGCGCUGUCAGCCAUGGAGAAGACUUUUCUCUCAGCUACAUUACAACUUUCAAACUCCAUUUGCAAACUGCUCCGGAUCCCGCUUUUCUCAGCCCUGCCCUCUGUUUCUACCCGCACUGGCAGCCACAGAGGAUCAGAACCACCUGAUUCCCUACGGGAGCGACGCGGGCGGCCUUGCCAACGGCCCUGGGAGCGUGGACGGCCCUCUGGGAACGCAGCGGGCUCCUGGAUGGCCCUGGGACAGGGACACGGGCUGCCCUGUCCACGAUGUGUCCUCACUGCAGCGUGCUCCGAGCGUUUGUCACUGGUGUCCUUGCUCCUGUCACAGCACACGCCUGCGGCUGACCCGCCCCAGAGCUGCAACUCCGCGUGGGACCGAGCCAGCCGGAGCUUCUCCAUGCCCACCACUGCGGUGUUCCCACUCUGCUCGCUAGGCAGGCUUUUAUCCUUCGGGUGUGGGCUUUGUUCUGCAGCUUAAGGCACCACAGCUCAGCGGUGUUCCUGGCCUGGAGGGGACACGGCUGGUGGGUGGUGUUGUGGGGGUUUGCUGGGAAUGCAGACUUGGCAUGUUUGGGAUGAGAGCACCCCUCCGUGGUAUGGACAGGGUCCUGAGAACUCCUGACACUUUUUUUACUUGUCAAGCAGAAGCUUGUGUUAAAAGUCACCAAGGUUCCUCCCCCCUCCCCAAUUAAAAGGAUAUUCUCAUCGAGGAAUGUUUCCAUCGGGUAGUGAAAUGUGUUUUUAAAGUGUGUAACUGUCUUCUAAAGAGGGGCAUUGGGGUUUGCAUCACUUGGGCUUGGUUUGGAGUUUUUUUCCUGGCUGCUGCUUUGGUUUCUUCUCUGUGAGGGUGGGGAGGCCCAUGAAUGGAUUCUGCAGAGCAGCUGCGCCUGGAUCCCUGCAAGUGUCCAAGGCCCAGAUGGAAGGGGCUUGGAGCAGCCUGGGAUCGUGGAAGGUGGCCCUGCCCAAGUGUGAAAACCAGAAUUCACUGCUUAGAAUUUUUCAACGUUUAAUAAUAAUAGGAUAAAACAAGGACAGUGUUUCCAGUGCUGGGGUGAUCCUGGCCAAAGAAUACCCUGCUGUUUUACAGACAGUGUUUCUGAUGUUGUGGGAGCUCCUUUGUCUGACUGCUUAUCCCCAUGACAUCCUGGGUGUCAGGUCAAUAUAUUUUAUUUCUUCUCAA